UCACAAUGCAAUGACAAGCGCGGGAAUUCUGCAAUGCUUGCAAUCCUUCCACUCCUUGCCGUCACGGCUUAUUGUUAGCAUUUGUGCCAUCAUCAGCAGAUGUAUCUAUCGCAUCUACCUCCACCCUCUAGCAUCCAUCCCAAGGCCAAAGCUCGCAGCUUGCACAUCUCUAUGGCUAGCGUGUCACACCUACAUUGGAGACGAAUGUACCGUGAUCUCCGAGCUGCACCGCAAACACGGGCCCUUGCUAAGAGUCGCACCCAACGACGUGGACAUCGCCGACAAAGACGCUGUCGAACCCAUCUACAUCUCACGCGGAGGCUUCCUCAAGACCGCAGCGUACUCCAAGUUCGACAUCGAUAAGCACACGACAAUCUUCUCCACAGCCUCCAUCCGAGACUCGCAGAAAACUGAAGACCGAAGCCCAGACAGGCGACCCGUCAACGUGCUCAACCUCACGCGCGCCAUGGCCAUCGACGCCGUGAGCGCGUAUCUCUUCCACCAGCGCUACGGCGCGCUCACCGAGCAGACGACCUCGAUCUCGGCGUCGCCCUUCGUAGACUCAUACGUCGGCGUGGGUGCCUUCUUAAACCUCAAGCCGGGGCUGGUGGGCGACCUCUGCAUGGCGGUCGUCGACCGAGUGAUGGCGAUGACGCAUGCGCACGUAGAGGUGUCCCAUAGCCUGAUAGAUCAGUACACAAACAGCUGGAUGUCUGCUACGGGGAUGACCACCGCGACUAUCCUGUGGUAUCUUGCGAAGCAACCCGAGACGUACGCCCGUCUUCGCAAAGCAGUCCAGAAGAGUAUCGUCAACGGCGAAGACCCGAUGAAUUGGUCUUCGUCAUGGGCCAACCCCGUUCGCUUGCCUCAAACCGUUCCCACUGGCGGGUGGGAGUUCAAGGGCCACUAUCUCCCAGCCGGCACCGGCAUAGGUGUCGCAGCGUUCCAGCUACACCAGGAUAGCAGUGUCUUCCCGGAGCCAAGGCGGUUCCUUCCUGAGCGAUGGGAGAACGCAGAUGAGGCAAUGCUGACCAGCUUCUUCGCAUUUGGCAAAGGAACGAGGGCGUGUAUCGCGCAGGCGUUGGCGAUGGUUGAAGUCACCAUGGCUAUCUCCAAAGUGGCCGAGGCAGAUCUACUGCCGGGCGCCACGGUUGUCCAGGACCGGACUGAGAUCAAGGAGUGGUUCAAUUCCAAGGUGAAGGGGGAGGAGAUUUCGAUUCAGUUUGCGCGAAAUUGAGACCCUCGCUGGUAAAUUCAUCGAGGAUAUGAACCCGGAAUUCUAGAAUUCAUCCUUGAAAAGUCGAUAUCCUUGCCAUCCUGGCAAUUGGCCAUCUUCAAAAAAUAGCCCCGUGCCGCGUCCGCCUGUGCAGGGCAUUGUAUCGUUCUGGGCCACCUGCUGGUUGUCUUUUUGUCUGGUCCGGUUGGCUCCGGUAAAGAUCCGCAAGAGUUAGAGAAGCACGAUGAUGUAAUUCUCUUGACAUGGGACUAAGCGAUGAGCAGGACACGGAAUACAAGUUGCUGUGCUGUGGAUGAGCAACGUGAAAGAUGAGAGCGGCAUCAUGGCCCUGUCAUAGACCGAAUUGGGGGUAGAAAGUCUCGUAGGGCGAUGAAUCUGGAAUCAUGCAUGGCUAGUGCUGGAAUGUGUCGGCGGGUUUCCAAU